AUGGAUGAGGAGUAUGAUGUGAUCGUUCUCGGAACUGGUCUCAAGGAAUGCAUCCUCAGUGGGCUCCUCUCCGUCGACAGAUGCAAGGUCCACCUCUCCCCGUUGUCCUCCUCUCUCUCUUUUUCUUGUUAAUGCCUCUGUUCGUCGUUUUAUGAAAAUUCCGCAUAUUUACUCCUUGUUCUCCCCGGGGGAUUGGCCAAAUGGGUUAUGCGGUUGUAGGUAAACCAGGUGUCAGCACCGAGCUUCUCGUUCCGAAUUGAUUCUGAGGAUCAGCAGAUCAUGUCUUUCUUUUUUAUUAUGAUUUUAUUAUUUAUUAUUUAUUCUUUAUUUUGAGGGGUUGGUAGAUUGAGAUUCAGGAGGGGCAUCGAGGGGUCUCAUUUAGACAUUUUUUUAGGGACUUUUAGUCAUUAAUAAAGUUACAUAAAAAUAAAAUGAGUCGGGGUUAUGAUAUCCCUGGACAUUCCUAUCUGUCACCUCACAUAUUUUACUGGGAUUUUUGAUGGUUCAUUGUCAAAGAUCGCAUACCCUAUCAUUGUUCAUAACUAAUAUACGAUACUAGUUAUACCUGUGUGGUUGAUGAAAUGAAAAUAUCCUUUUGUUGAGUAGGCGCGGAGAGAUAAAAUCAGAUUGAUGCUUAUCUUAUGAUUUAUAUUGCCUUUAGUUACGAGCUUAGCUUUUAAGACUGCCCGUUUUUAUGGAGCGUAGCGGAUAUGAUAGAUUAAGAUAGUGAUGCUUGUUUUGUGGUUCGACUUUUGUGGUUCUUUUAUUUUCUCUAGUCGGUGCUUUUGCAUACAAUCUAGAUGUUUUUGAAGUGGAACAACUGGGCGUGAUCUCUAUACUAUUUUUACUCUUUUGGUUUAACCUAUUAAAAUGUCUAGUGUUUGCUCUAAUGUUGAGAUUGCAUAUUCCUGAGCAAUGAACUAGCCGUAUCUUUCAAUAAAGUUUCCAUCUUUCCUGGAAUAGUUGUAUCAUCCAACGUUAAUGUGAUGAGCAUACCAUUCCGUGCUGGUCUGCCACAGCUUAGAUGGCGUACUUACUCUUUAACUUGUGUUUGACCCUUGAGAAAGGAUUGAAACUUUGAAAAUUUUGCAUAAUAUUGUGGAUUAUUUCUAAUACUCUCGCCUUGAGUAUUUCCUCCCGUGUAAUCUAAUGCCAUAUGGCCUUUUAUUGUUAAUUUGUGCAUCUUUAGUGGAAAUAAUUACAAUAUUAUGUUUCUUUUAUGUGAUUCAGGUUCUGCAUAUGGAUAGAAAUGAUUAUUAUGGAGGAGAAUCGACAUCACUCAAUCUUAUCCAGGCAAGGGAAUUUUUUUCUGAACCACGUCAUCCUGGAUGUAAAAGUGCACCAAAAGAAUGUUGAUUUGUACCUGCGAAUGAUUCCUUGUUACACUCGUGCCUCUGGUGACUCGAGUGAAAUUUCUUGUUCCAUUGGAACUGUGUGCAUGUCAUUUUACCGUGAAUGACUGAUCUAAAAUCGAUUUUCUGUGAUUUUAAAGUUUCAAUCUCAUGGAGCAAACAGAAAUUCGAUAUGUUUUCCGAAUUUAUUGCUUUUAAUACAAUGUACCAUUGAUUGGUUAAUCAAUCAGUGAAUUCUAGUGUGGGGAUCUUUUCCUUUUUCUUCAGUCUCAUGAUUUCUUCUCUUGCGCAGCUUUGGAAAAGGUUCAGGGGAGAUGACAAACCUCCAGCACAUUUGGGGCCAAGCAGAGAUUAUAACGUUGACAUGAUUCCAAAGGUUCACAUUACUUAUUCCCUUGGUUUUACUUGGAGGAUUUUUUUUUUCUUCUAAUGAACAAAUAAUGCACACCAGUUUACCCUCUACGUGUAAUUAACUAAUCAUUUAUGAUCGUCUUUAUAAAGGGAGAAACGACGAAUAUAAAACUACUUCCAAGAAAAAACUACCGUAUAGUUUUUGUUUCCUAUUUUCAUAUCUGGCAGUAAUGUGCACUUGGAAUCAGUACUAGCCAUCACAUCCUCUUCCAAGUUUUUUCUUAUCAGUUUGUGGGUCUUUCUUUCUUGGGAUGAACCUUGAGUAGUGCUGUUCAUGUGUACAGUUCAUGAUGGCUAAUGGCACCCUGGUACGGGUCCUCAUUCACACAGAUGUUACAAAAUAUCUCUCCUUCAAGGCUGUGGACGGCAGCUAUGUGUUCAACAAGGGAAAGGUAAUGCCAUUUUUUUACUUGAUUUACUUCUGAAGUAGUCCAUCUUGGCUCUUUUGUCUCCUUUGCACUGCGAGGCAUUGGUCAUCAUUGGCUCAAAGGUCCACAUUUGUGAUUUUCCAUUUCAAAUAGGUUCACAAGGUUCCAGCUACUGAUAUGGAAGCUCUAAGAUCUCCACUGAUGGGUUUGUUUGAAAAGCGUCGUGCUCGCAAUUUCUUCAUAUAUGUCCAAAACUAUAAAGAAGAUGACCCCAGAACGCAUGAGGGAUUGGAUCUUACCAGAGUGACAACGAGGGAACUCAUUUCGUAAUGUCUCUUGCCUUCUCCUUACAAAAUUUCUGUAAUUAUUCCUUAUUUAUUGUGUAGUUAUUGAUUCCUAAAGAAAAAAAAUUAAUAAGAAAAAAAAGAUGGAACAAGCAACGGGAAUACUGCAUGUGAGUAUGACCAGAUUCAAUGCACUGCAGGUUCUAACUUGUAAAGUAAAAGCGAACUUAAUCACGAAGAAACAUUUUUCUCAAGGGACGCAAUUACACUGAGAUUGCGGCUUCUUUUUUUCAUUCUUUGACAUAGAGAGAGGCGCUUCCUCCUGUUAGAAGUGAGAUAGCUAAAUGUUGUUUUCUUUUCUGACAUUGUCCAGCAUGCCCCAUUAAUUGAGAUCAGUACAAUGAUUUUUUAUGGAAAUGAUUUAGCUUCUGUUAUAGAAUUGGAUCGUGGGAUAUGAUACAACUGUAUACUUAUUUCUUCUAAUCAAGUCUAGGUACUAGUGAGGGUAAUGCAUAGUGGUUCGGAUACAAGAAGUUAAAACAUUGAAUGUGCAAUGGAAGUCUAAGCUGUAAUGAUUUGGCUGAAACUCCCCAGGAAUCUUCGUGGUUUACUUUAGAACAGGAUAAGAUCGAGAGACUUGAUUGAAUAUGCCUGACUUGAUCAACUAGCUAUUACUUACAUGCUGGGAUUCCGGACUGACAGCUUCACUGCCCUUGAUCAGAGAAGAUGUGAAAUGGUCAGCAGUAAGUCUAAAAAAUCUGCGGUUAACUAUGGAAGGAAAGAAACAAAUAAAAGUUUGAGAAUUAUUCAGACGACAUUUUGAUAGGGUAGUCCAGAUCUUUAUUGGACCAUAACAUCCCCUGAGCAAUGCAGGUGUCGUUGGGAAUGAAAACUGUCCAAAGUCGAGAUUACUGUAUAAUACAGUCAUAAGUGAUUAUGGAGUUUGAUAAUCUUGCGUGAAACCAUUGUGAUGAGUCAGGAAUGGGAACAUCAUAAUGCAUGCUUUAAUUUAAUUCUUAGGUUAUAGAAAUGAGAAGCCGAUGUCUUGCAAUGCUUCUCAAAAAGAAUCGCUACCUGAUGCAUAAAAGGGGAGGUCUGUGCUAGGGAAAAUGAUUUGAGGAGAAUGCCUAUGCUAAAUAUAACACAAUCUUUCGGGUCCAUGAUGCAGCAAGGUGAACCCAGAACUGAAGUUCUUCCUUACUGCUUUGAAUUGAAACAAGGCCCUUUUAAGCCUAGCCUGCCCUUGCCUCUAGGCAAGAGCACAUUAAUUGGAUUGUGAGAGAGAGUAGUAUAAAAUCUCUGCUGAGUUGCCUUUACUUUGUCUGUUCUCAUGAAUUCCAGCCCUACACUCUUGAAAAGUAAAAAAUAGGAUAAAAAUGUUUUAUAAAUGUAAAAAAUUAGAGAGAUGGAUGCUAUCUGGCCAGUUUUCUGUAAUACUGUGGGUUCUGUUGGUAUGCCUUGUAGACUGUCCGCAUGUUUCAAUAUGUUCGUGAGGAAUUCGUCAUUCUCCCCUAGAAAAUAGUCCCUUAUGAGGUUAUCCCAAAAACUGUCAUUCUGUGGGAUUUAUGCUUCUGUUUAUUCGGUGAACUAUCUGACAUUGAAUCUCACUGAAUUCUUCCCUGGGCAUUGAUCUUUGAUGAUUGGGUGAAUAGAGUAUGAAUGUUGUGUCCAUACAUAUGAACAUAAUUUUGAAAAGAACACGAUGUGUUCGCCAAUAUUCGGAAUUAGAUAUGAUUUUAUACCCUUUUUCUUUUCAGUUUAUUAUUUCUAAAUCAUGAUUACUGACAGCAAAUGAAAAAACGUUCCUGAUUACGAUAGCUGCAUUUGGUAUGUCUGCUGUAACCUUCUGGUCUCUGCUUGUGAUUCUUCAUCAUCCAGAAAAUACGGUCUUGAUGAGAACACUGUGGAUUUCAUUGGUCACGCAUUGGCCUUGCAUAGAGAUGACCGCCACCUGAAUCAGCCAGCACUGGAUACUGUGCAAAGGAUGAAGGUAUAGCGAACGUAUUCAUCAACGUAUAUCUCAUCUGUGUGUCUUUCAAUAGUGCAGAACUCUUCCAAUCCUUUUUUUGUAUCAGGGUGCUAUUGAUUGUCUUAUAACAUGAUUAUGACAAGUAGAUUAGGUUGCUGUCAGUGGCAACAUAAUGGUGUUGAGCAAGUUUUAUUAUGUCGAUUCAUAUCGCUUCAGAUUUAAACAGAAGAAAAUCCAUUUCUCAUUGUCUUUUCCAUUCCAAGGUUAGUUGGGUUGGAGACAGACUCUGACUCAAAAACAUAAUUUCUGCUAAAUUAAAUAUUUAUGAUUUUAAAAAAAUAAUCUUUCCAUGUCUUUUACCUAACUUCAGGAAAUUCUAUAUUCUAUUGUUUUGUGGUUUCUUGUCCACAUUCAUUUAAAUGCUUGCAGUUUUGAUCUCAGCUUUUAUUUUCUCUUGUUCUUUCCACUAUGCUAUUUUUGAAAACCUUGAAUUCAUUGCGAAUUUCGUUGAAAGGUGGGAUCCAUAUUUCUCCAUUUUCUGAACCGUUUGAUCGUAUUCAUAUUAUCCUGACCACGUUAAAGACCUGCUGAUGGAUUUCUGUUGACACUGGUUACCUCAGUUGUUAUUCGUGUUGGAGAGGACGUUUUGGGAUUUUUGUCAGACUUUUUAGUUUCCAUUUUGUCCAUUGUAUGUACGGCUGAAUCGCAACCCGUCCCUCAAUUAACAGCUAGAUCAGCACGAUUCAAUACCAAGCUAGUUUCCCGUCUUUUCUGGCCAUUGUUUGCCAACUUAUCUGCUUCGCACACCUUGGGCAAAGUUGUUUUUUCACAUUGAUUCACCCGUCCAUACAUGCAUUCAUGUACAAAGAUCAUUCUUUGCCAUUCCUGACCAUUGUUGAGUGAACUCUAAAGAGAAAUCCAUAAAAUUUAGAGAGAAAGUAGUUCAGAAUGAGCUUAGUUUGGGGUGGGUUUAGUUUUAUCAGAUAACUUCUGUAUUAUUUCAUAUAUGCUUCUAAAACUGAUUUCACUCUAUUUUUAAUGCGCAUGGAGACUAUUCUCUCAACAGAUGUUCCGGAAAUGAGCUGACUAGUUUUCUAUUUAGAGUUGAUGUAUUGUGCAUCUCUCAGAUCUCUGUUUCAUUUAUGCGUUGUGUGCUUUUCCCUUUUUUUUUUUUUCCUGUGUUCAGAACACCUAGACUAAAUGGCAUACCUGUAUUUCUAUGUUUUCUGUGAAUAGCUUUAUGCUGAAUCUCUAGCACGUUUUGGAGGGGGUUCUCCAUACAUUUAUCCUUUAUAUGGCUUGGGGGAGCUACCGCAGGCGAGCAGCUCUCGUGCCCUUUCAGAUUUCUACUUUACAUGAUUCACGUUUUUAGUUUUCUAUUGAUAGAGUGCGAUAAACUCUCCAGGCAUUUGCUCGCCUAAGUGCUGUUUAUGGUGGAACAUACAUGCUAAAUAAACCAGAAUGCAAGGUAUUUUUUACAUUAAUUUUUUUUUUACCCCUCUCUACUUUAUUUGAUUAUAUUAAGAUUGUGGGCUAAGCUUUUUCGGUGCAAUAUAUUAUUUUUUUUGCCCUCUGAAUCUAUGCUGGUACUAGUGAUUUCUGGAUAAUAUCUAUGCUGCCACUUCUCUGAUAUGAAUCUCGGUCUAUGUCAGUAUUUAUAUUACUCUUGUGUAUACUUGGUUCUAUCUAUCUUUUAGCAUUACUAUUUGCAUAUUUUACUUGAAUUCGAAUUGACUUUUCAGUGAACAUCAUUGGCGUGGCGAUCUAUUCUUGCUAGGAUUUAGGUAAAGUUUUUUAGAGCCUAGGAGCAAUACUUGAGAUCUUGGGAUCUUGUUCAAUGGUUUUUAAGCGUCCAAGGUAAUAUAGCCCAUCGUCUGGCAGCCAAGCUGGCGUCGCCUUGUACAGAUGUGUAUUGUAUUUGAUGAUCAGCGUAAUUAGUUUGCACUUAAUACUUAUGCAAUAGCAGUAGAAACCUAUGUAUGAAGACUAUGAUUUAUUCUUUUUGCCAAAUUUCUUUAACUUAUUAGCCAGAAAUAUUUAAUAUGAACUCGAGAUAAUAUAUCAUAUAUAUAAUCUAUAUCAUUUAUGAAAUAUAUUUCUGGAAGCAUCAUUUCAAAUGGGUUGCUUGGUUGUUUGGGUACCAUGAUUUUGUGAUCAUGUGAUCUGCUGGAUGGAAACAACUACCCAAGCCUUUGAUUAUGAUCAAUUAGCUCCUAAUACUGCUUAGAAUGGUGGGGCUUGUCUGUUGAAUGUCACAGGUGGAGUUCGACGAGGAAGGUAAAGUCUGUGGUGUGACCUCUGAAGGGGAGACUGCCAAAUGCAAGAAGGUCGUCUGCGAUCCGUCCUACUUGCCAAACAAGGUAAUAAUACUUCAAGCUUUCUUGUCAAUAUGAAGCAUUGAAUAUGGAUCUUCUACGAACUAAUGAUGCGAUAACUGGUUGAAAAUGGGUCUGCAUGGCCUGGAAGCCCAGAAGCCUCUGCCCCCCUCUCUCCAUGGAUACCAACGGCAACCCGCCGCCCGACUGUGGCGGUUCUCUUGCUGCACACAUUCAUGUCCAGGCUCCAACAUAUGAAACACAACCAAAUAUUUUCAAAUGACCAACGUUUGGCUUCCAACGCAGGUGAGGAAGAUUGGAAAAGUUGCGAGGGCCAUCGCCAUUAUGAGCCAUCCGAUCCCAAACACGGAUGAUUCCCACUCAGUGCAGGUUAUUCUUCCUCAGAAGCAGCUGGGGCGCAGAUCAGACAUGUGAGUUCUGGUGCACAUAGCUUCCUAACCGUCACCCACCAUUGAGCUCAAACCAUUCCAUUUCUCUCUCAACAGGUACGUUUUCUGCUGCUCUUAUACCCACAACGUCGCCCCCAAGGGGAAGUUCAUAGCUUUCGUCUCGACCGACGCCGAGACCUGAUCACCCCGAAGUAGAACUAAGGCCAGGUGUCGCUCUUCUGGGCCCAGUCGACGAGAUCUUCUAUGAAACUUAUGACAGAUACGAGCCCGUGAAUGAGCCGACUCUGGAUAAUUGCUUCAUAUCUACCGUAAGGCGGGAUCCUUGAAUAAUCUUCUCUUCUCUCAGUUCCACAGGCUUCCAGCUUCGUAAGUUUCUUGGUGUUUUGCUUUCUCUUUUGCAGAGCUACGACGCUACGACCCACUUCGAGACGACUGUCAGGGAUGUUCUUAGGAUGUAUACCAUGAUUACUGGCAAGGUGAUGGCGGCUCUCCCUCCUCUCCUGCUUGCAUUGCACCUUGCUUUCUUUUAGGGUUCAAGCUCAGUUCUCCGACAGAAACGGGUUUCUAAGAGUUGACUUUGAUAAUGCCGCCAUUGUAGUAUGCUUGUGGGCAUGAACGGCUGAAUCUUCUUGGGCCUUCAGCUUUUACCUUCUUGAGGAUUAUUGGGCUUCAAGAAGACCCAUGAACAGCCAAGGUUUCCAUACAUCGUGUUCUUGGUUUCUGCUGGGCCGCGGAUUUCUUCAGUUGACCAAGAUGGGGGGGGGGGGGUGGGGGGGGGGUCCAUGAAGUUUUUCCGUUGAUUAUUUGCCUGCGGUCAUGAAUGACUGAGCUCUCCAUUCAUCGUGUCAUUGCAGGCUGUUGAUCUGAGCGUUGACCUGAACGCAGCGAGCGCUGCCGAAGAGUAG